AUGGACAACGACCCUGCGAGCUUGUUCUUCCCAGACUCUGAUGGCCCAGUGGACCUGUAUUCGGUGCUCGGGAUUAAAGUCGGCGCAACGAGUGAUGAAGUCAAAGGGGGGUAUCGCAAACUCGCCUUGAAAUACCAUCCAGAUAAACACGUGAAUUCAAGCGAAGAAGGAAAGGCAGUCGCAUCGCUAAGAUUCCAGCAAAUAGGCUUUGCGUACACUAUACUCGGGGACGAACAUCGUAGGAAGCGAUAUGAUGCCACUGGGUCAACAAGCUCGAAUAUACCAGAUAUGGCUGAAGGCGAAGACGCAUGGGAGCGUUACUUUGAGGAGAUGUUCGACUCGGUCACUCGGGAACGGCUGGACGAGAUGCGACAGGAGUAUCAAGGGUCAGAGGAGGAGCGCUCCGAUUUGCGUGCUGCGUACCUUGCUGGAAACGGGUCGAUCGAGCACAUUAUGAGCGAGAUUCAUCAUUCUACAUAUGAAGACGAAGCUCGAUUUGUUGCCACGAUCAACAAGAUGAUCGACAGCGGGGAGCUACAGGCUCUCGACACCUGGAAGACUGAUGUUAAGGACAAGAAGGCUCGGAACGCACGGCGAAAGCGGGGUGAGAAGGAAGCUAAAGAGGCAGAAGAGGCAGCACGCGAGCUGGGUGUGUGGGACGAAUUCUACGGUAAUGGAAAGGUCGGGAAACGAAGAGGGAAGGGAAAAGGAAAGUCCCAGGCUAACAACGGCGAUGGAGAUGACGACAACUCUGCGCUUAAGGCUCUAAUCCAAUCUAAAGCCAAAAAGCUUGAUGGGUUUCUUGAUAGUUUGGCAGAGAAGUACGCAUCGUCUUCAUCAGCUUCUAAAAAGAAUACCAGCCGCAAACGGGCUGCGCCUAGUGACGAAGUCGACGACGAUGAGAAACCUCCGAAGCGCCGUACCAAGGUCGGGUUGGCGGACGAUGUGGCGCCCAAACAGCGUGGUAAAGCUAUACAAGGGCGACGAGCCAAAGCGAAAUCUAGCUAG